AUGGUACGAGCAAAGACUUGGGCCUUAGGGCCCAAUCUUCACGACCCGAACGUGUUUGAGUCGUUGGAGAUCUUGGAGUCUCGACUUAAAGAGAUGUUCGAGCCGCCGAGAGCCGAGUUCAGAGCACGCUCUGCACUCUUGAGGCUUAAGAAAGGUAAGCGUGGUGUGCACGCCUACGCACAGCUCCUGCGCUACCUUGCGAGUAGCGUCACAGGAAACCCUGUUGUUGAGCACACGCGCAUCAACGUGCUCAUCUACGGCCUUGUGGAUGAGCCGGUGGAGACCUACAUGUUCCGAGAGGACUUCCAUACGCUGGAAAGGGCGAUAGCGUAUGCGGAACAAGAAGAUUUUAGCCUGAGACAGUCUCAGGCUAACUCGUCCAACUAUCGUCCACCGAGACGAAAGGAAACAGGAAGUCCCGAAUCUAUGGACCUAUGUUACAUCAAGAGCGAGAACUCUCGCUCUCUAAGUCACAAGCAAACGGCAAGAUGUCAUCGCUGUCAGAAGAUUGGACACUACGCUCAUGAGUGCAGUGUCCCAAUCACCGCAUCACGUUCGAAGACCGGACGUGAUGACCACCGUUGGCCAAGGAAGGGUCCAAGGCGUGGAUCCGACCAUGUCUCUAAACCGCGACAGCAAGUCGGACCGCCAAAAAGCGGUCAGGGUCAGUAG